UUCCGGCAGGGCUGUUUAUCGCGGCGCACACACUGUGCUGUGUGCUGGAAGGAGGGGGGUGGUUGUGUCGCCGACAAAAUGACCUCCAAUUACGCUCGACGCUAUGAUGAAUAUGACUCUGAUUUCAGUGAUGAGGAAGGAAACGCUGAGAAACAUGUCAAGAAAAAACAAAGAAAAGAUGAUGAGGAAUUGCUUAGAAAGCCUUUCCAAAAGGACAGACGUGGGAAGGUGGCGCACAGACAGGUCGCGGAGCAGGAAUGGGACAGGGAGGAAGCUCGAAACCAGCGUUUCCAUCUCAUCUCUAUGGACGCCUUUGCCAGACAUCAGAAAUUUGUGAAUGACUACAUUCUGUAUUAUGGAGGAAAACUACAAGACUUCCAGCUGCCCAAGGGGAAUCGUAAGACAGACUUAGACGUUAUACGAGAAAAUCACAGGUUUCUUUGGCAAGAGGAAGAUGAAGAAGACAUGACUUGGGAGAAGAGAAUUGCAAAGAAGUAUCAUGAUAAAUUAUUUAAAGAAUAUUGUAUAGCGGAUCUCAGCAGAUACAAGGAAAACAAGUUUGGGUUUCGAUGGAGAGUGGAAAAAGAAGUUGUCUCUGGGAAAGGUCAGUUCUUCUGCGGCAACAAGCGCUGUGAUGAAAAAGAAGGCCUGAAGAGCUGGGAAGUAAACUUUGCUUACGAGGAACAUGGAGAGAAGAGGAACGCCCUUGUAAAACUGAGGCUGUGUCCAGAAUGUUCGUAUAAAUUGAAUUUCCAUCACAGGAGGAAAGAGGCCCAUCCAAAGACUCGGAAAAGAAAAUUAUCUGCAGAGGCGGGGGAACCUUCCCGUAAGAAGUCUAAAGGUUCCCGAAAGAAAAGAAAGCCCAAAGCCACGUCUUCAGAGAGACACGAAGACUCCAGUGAAUCAGGCACAGAUGACAGUAAGGAAGACGAUGAUGGUGGUGCUUCCAACGAGAUCUGGAAAGGCCCCCAGAAAGAGAUGGAUGAUGAGAAAUCAAGGGAAGAAGAGUUUGAUGAGUAUUUCCAAGAUAUGUUCCUGUAGACCACCAUUGGUUUUAAUAAAUUCCUAUUUUU